GUUUUCAUAAAUUUAACUUAGUUGCUAAAGAGCGAAAUAAAGAAGAAGGGCGAUGCAUUAACUAGCAUUGAGAAGAGGUUCAGGGAUACUAGCGGCCGCAACCAACUUUCUGAUGGUACUAAAACCAGUCCAAUCAACAAAAAAACUGCUUCCAGUCCUCAGAAUUCAAAAGAAAUGGCAAGUAUGAGAGAGAAAAUAAAAAUGCUUGAGGGUCUGGUAAAGUCAAAGGAAACUGCCUUGGAAACUUCUACAACUUCAUCUAUGAAGAAGGAAAAGGAGCUCCAGAGCAGAAUUAUGGAGCUGGAGAACAAGGUAGAGGAAGUCAAUCGGAAUUUUACUUUACACGAGGUAAGCUCAUACUGAUAUAGGUCGACACUAGAGCUAUUUGCAAAAGCAUUUUUGUUCCAUGAAGCUUGCAUUACAAACUUUUGCUUUCCAUCACUUAAUAACCUGGCUUGUUUGAGUCCACAUAUGCAAAUUGACUGCCACAUGUGACAAAAUUAACGGAAAGGACUAACUUAAAACCUAAAAUAAACGUAAGGGACCAAAUUGAUACUUUUUAAACGUAAGGGACCAAAUUGAAACCUAAAAUAAACGUAAGGGACCAAAUGUAUAGUUAAACCAUAAUUUUAUGUGGGCAAAUAUCUUUAUAUAAUUAUAUUAGCUAUUUAUCAAUUGGGAGCCUUAAUUGAUUAAGUGAUCAAAUAAAGUUAACAGGCUAAUUAGAUUUCUAUUUAGAAUUAAUUAAGUAAUUAAUUAAUUGGAUAUGGGCUCAAUAUGAGUGGAUGUCAGGAUGGUCCAUUUCGGAAUAAUGGGAACCCUAAUUGGCCAUCACACUAUAUAUAGGCUAUGGUCCCCAAUAUACCGUACAUGAGCAAAUAAUCUCUUCUCCCCAUCUGAAGAGAAUUCAAGGCAUUAGGGUACCGGUUGAGGAAGAACCACAAGCCAACGGAUGCUCGUCGUUCGUCUCUCUCUUUGUGUUUCAGGAUUGUUACCGAGAGACUCUACGGUUAGUUCAUCUAAUGGAUUCAUCAUCCAGGUAUUCCUAUUACUAUUACUAUAAUCUUGAUAAAUCAACAUGUCGUAGAUCCUGUUUAAAGAUACAUGCUCCUAUGUUUAUUUGGCUUCCGCACUAAAGUAAGAUUAUGGUUUUAAUCUUUGUUAUUGAGAGCAUGUUAUAUGAUUAAAUUAUUAAAUUAAUUCCAUCAGUUAUUGAUUGAAGAAAAUAAUAAAGGAUAAAAAGUAUAAUAAAGUAAUACAGUAUAUAGUAAAUUACUACAUUGUUAUAUCCGUGGAGCAGACAAGCUUGUCCAUUAUUAUGAUUCACCAAACCAAACCUAGCUCACUUAUUGCUCUAUAAAUUGUAAUUCACUCUUCCAACAUUGGUCCAUCCAUUUUCAUCAUAUAUGUACUCUUCUGAGUUAACAUUAUUGAUAUCUAUAUCUUUGCUUUUUAUCAUUAAUAAUUAUUUGAAUUAUAUUGUAAGCCACCGGCCAUGCUUUUUUCUUCUUCUUCUUCCUUUAUACUUCUAUUUCUUCAAUUCUUUGAUAUAACCUAACCUUCUAUGUCUAUGGCAAUUCAAUAUUCAUAUUUAGGUUGGAGCUUCAAGAUAUCCAUGAUGAAAGAGCUUGUUUUGUGUCUUCUUGUGUUAUUGACUAAUGCAAGUUCUUCGUAUGCUCGUUUAUUAUUGAACACAACCCAAGAAGAAGUCGUCGAAUUUAGAGAGCAACAUAGAAGAGCCAUGAUUGCUAAUGGACUUGGCCGGACACCCCCGAUGGGGUGGAAUAGCUGGAACCAUUUUCAAUGUGAUAUUACUGAGGACUUGAUCAAAGAAACAGCUGAUGCUAUGGUGUCAACAGGCCUUGCUGAUCUAGGUUAUCAAUAUAUUAACCUAGAUGAUUGUUGGGGUGAACUUAAUCGAGAUUCAAAGGGUAAUUUGGUUGCCAAAUCAUCAACAUUCCCUUCAGGAAUUAAGGCUCUAGCUGAUUAUGUACAUAGCAAAGGUCUAAAGUUAGGGAUCUAUUCUGAUGCAGGAAAUCUAACAUGCAGUAAAAAAAUGCCUGGAUCACUAGGGUAUGAAGAUCAAGAUGCAAAAACAUUUGCUUCCUGGGGAGUUGAUUAUUUGAAGUAUGAUAAUUGUGAUAAUAAUAAUAUAGACCCUAAAGAAAGGUACCCGCGAAUGAGUGAAGCUUUACUAAACUCGGGAAGGCCAAUCUUCUUCUCUUUGUGUGAAUGGGGAUCAGAAGACCCGGCAAUAUGGGGAAAAAGUGUAGGAAAUAGUUGGAGAACAACAGGAGAUAUUGAAGAUAAAUGGGAGAGUAUGACAACUCGCGCAGAUCAAAAUAACAAAUGGGCUUCUUACGCUGGACCUGGAGGUUGGAAUGAUCCUGAUAUGCUUGAAAUUGGAAAUGGAGGCAUGACAACAGAAGAAUAUCGUGCCCAUUUCAGCAUAUGGGCAUUAGCUAAGGCUCCUUUAUUGAUUGGUUGUGACAUUCGAGCACUGGAUGACACCACAAAGGAACUACUAAGCAACUCAGAAGUAAUUGCAGUAAACCAAGACAAACUAGGAGUUCAAGGGAAGAAGGUGAAAAGUAAUGAUGAUUUGGAGGUUUGGGCAAGUCCUCUCAGUGGUAACAGGCUAGCAGUCGUUUUAUGGAAUAGGAGUUCAUCGAAAGCAAUGGUAACUGCAGCUUGGUCUGACCUAGAUUUGGAACCAGGAACUUCGGUUGAUGUAAGAGAUUUAUGGCUGCAUUCAACACAAUCAUCAGUUUCAGGAGACAUAUCUGCUGAAUUAGAAUCACAUGCUUGUAAGAUGUAUAUCCUGACGCCCAGCUAAGUUCUCAAUAUAUUGAGAGGCAAUCUACAAUAUAGAAUGUUUAGUGGAUAUCCACAUAGUUGAAAUGUUCAUCCAUUCUUGAUAGAGAUUCUAAUUCACUAAUGUACUUAUCAGUGUUUCAGUCA